AUGGCGAUCUUGCUCGCCGGUCCGGCGCACGCCGGUGAAGGCGGACGCCUGGGCUUGGAGCUCAAGAACGGCACUGGUUUGGCGCCGGGCAAGUACGAGCAACCCUUUUACGAUCCGCGACCGGUGGUGACCGUGCAAACGGACGGCCCGGGUGACGUGACCAAGGACGAGGCGCGAAUCUUGCCGAACAGACAAAUCGGACCGGGUGCGUGCAAGCUCAUCACCGGUGCGCCGUGCGUUGACUUCCAAUCCGGCAAGUAA